AGUCCCUUCGUGCCAGGACAGAGAAAGCCUCGGUUGAAAAGCAAAUGGAAGACAGUAAUUCCAGGGUGGUUAUCAAGCAAAUCCUUUCAUUCACAUUAACAGAGAAGGGUUCAUUUGUCAGGGAAAUACUUCUUCAGGAGUUUGCUAAGGGUUUGGAUGCACUUGGGCUAGCAACCCUGGAUUCGUUAACAUCUACAGCAACUGCAAACCUUCCCUUUGCUGCUUCGCUUUCCUUCUCUUCCAUGACUGAAGAAGAUAUAAACAAUUUGAGAAACUUGCAUCGCCUGAUGUUACUGUUAUCAGGGCCUCGAAAGAAUGAAAACUCUAGCGGGGGAGUUAAAGAGGGGAGCUUCUACAAGAAUCAGAGCGCGUAUGAAAUGUCUUUAGCCCUCUAUCAAUUCACAUCUCUUCAGGAGUUAAUUCCUCUCCUUUCUGUUAUUCCAGAGCUCCCACCAGACUUGCAACAAGAGUUAUUUCGUUUACCAGCUGAUCUUGCUGGGAAGUUAAUUUCUCGCAUUGCUGCAAGGACAAUACGGAGGGUCCUCCUAUGAAAUCUGUCCAGUUGUAAUUAGUCAUGGCUGUCGUCUUUUGUGGCCUCUGGUGCUGUUGCUUGGUGCAUUCGUAAUUCUUUGGGGUCAAAGGGAAUGAUGCUACAACAUAGAAAGUAGCCACCAUACCCAUAACAUCCCCAACUUGGAUGAAAGGAGUGUCAUAUGCAUAUUCAAUUCGGAAGUGGAUGAAGACUGUUGCCACCAAUUUGUAUAAUUUAACUGUGUAGUCCUCUUUGACGUAUAAUGAGAAGUGUACUAUCGGCACUAGGAUUGAAUAGGAUAUGUAAAUCCUUUCAAAUGAACAUUCUUAAGCCAUCAAAUUUCACUGAACCAGGUAAGGACUAAUUGUUUUUUAUUCUGAAUCUCGGCUCAGAAUUUUUUGCAGCAACUUUCUGGAUCUGGAGCCAUUGUUGCUGUUUCAUAUCUAGUCACUGUACCAUAACAUACGAGUUGGGUUGAGCAUGAGCAUG